AUGGGUUCUUGGGCUAUUCUUUUGUUGUUAGUUGCAACUGUGCUGAGCUCAAUAUGUUUGGUUAAUGGGCUUAAUGUGGAUCAUAAGAAAACUAGGGGGAGAUUUCCUCAAGUUAAUGUCACUACUUCCAAUGCAAGGAACACAACUUUUGUGAGUGAUGUUAUGGUGAAUAUUGAAAAUGCUGGAAAAAAUAGGGGCCAGGGAGGUGGAGGUGGCGGAGGAGGAGGAGGUGGAGGUGAAGGUGGUGGAGGAGGCGGGGGAGGUGGUGGUUAUGGUGGUGGAGGAGGAGGCGGAGGCGGUGGUGGUAGCGGAGGAGGUGGUGGUGGAGGCGGAGGUGGAGGAGGAGGGGGCAAUUGUUGGGGAUGGGGAUGUUGGGAGUAUCCUCCAAAAGGCAACUAA